AGAAGACUCAUCAGAACCACAAGAAAGAACCCUAAUUCCUCACACACACAAACAUGCAGCCGGGUAAUCAUCAAAGCCAAGAACUCUACCGAUUUCUUGCCCAAAACGGCUUAAUCAGCGUGAAUAAUGAUCAUCAGUUGUCAGCUAUGCAGAGCUUUUGCAGCUCUUCUUCUAAUAAUUAUAGUUAUUACCCUUUGGAGUUGUCUGGGGUUAGUACUGAACAUGACGCCUCGCCUCAGGAUAGAGCCCUUGCUGCUCUCAAGAAUCACAAGGAGGCCGAGAAAAGAAGGAGAGAGCGAAUCAACUCCCACCUGGAUAAGCUUCGAGGCCUUCUUCCUUGCAAUUCCAAGACAGACAAAGCCUCCCUGUUGGCCAAGGUGGUCCAGAGAGUAAAAGAGCUGAAACAACAAACGUCAGAGAUCGCAGAGCUCGAGACCUUCCCUUCUGAAACUGAUGAAAUCACUGUACUUUCUUCUAAUGAUUAUACAAACGACGGAAGAAUUGUUUUCAAGGCCUCUUUGUGCUGCGAGGACCGCUCCGACCUCCUACCUGACCUAAUUGAAAUUCUAAAAUCCCUCCAUUUGAAGACAAUCAAAGCUGAAAUUGCCACUCUUGGGGGAAGAAUUCGCAACGUGCUUAUUGUUGCCGCAGAUAAAGAUCACACGAUUGAAUCAGUCAACUUCUUGCAGAAUGCGUUGAAGUCAUUACUUGAACGCUCCAACUCUAGUGAAAGAUCGAAAAGAAGACGCGUAUUAGACGGCACAAUAGUCCUAUAAUUAGUAGUAGUACUUAUUCCUAAUUUCAAUAUAAACUUUGGCUACUAUUCUAUAUAUGUAUUUUCUUAUAUAUAUAUAUAUAUAUAUAUAUAUAUAUAUAUAUAUAUGUAAUAUUAUUUGGAAUUAGUUGUGUGGGUUUGUUUUUAAUUAAUUCCCAUGAGAAACAUCGAUGGGAAAUGAAAGUAAUCAACGGGGUUCAAUUUGUUGAUUUAGGGUUUUGGAUUUUGAAAGUACCGCUUUUGCAAUGCAUGCAUGUGAUAUUUGUAUUCAUGUAAGUUUGCAGAAAUAUAUUUGAUGAAUUAUAAGAA